AUGAACUUCGUCUCAGGAUUUGCCAGCGGCUUUGCCCUGACGACCUCUGUUCUCUACAUCACCGUCACAGUCCACCGUGCGACACGGCUCGAGCAACGACGGCAAAUACGCGAACAAGUGCACCAGAUCAACUGGCUCGCCGCCUCUGCCGGAGCUUACGAUCGACGCUUUCUCCCAGAGCACAAGCCUCGGAAUCUGGAAGAUGUGGAGUCUUCUAAAGAGAGCGAGAUCACCAUCAAGGACGUCCUCAAGCACAGGUGGAACCAAGAAGUAGGCAACUUUGCCCGAAAUGCCAAUGGAAACCGCUGGGAGGUUGUUAAGGAUGCUGCUUCCCGUGGAUGGGAUGAUGUUUUGCGACUUGUCAAAAAAGACUGA